GCUCAACAAGAAAACGCAUGUGCACUGUCCACAGUGCAAGAGACACUGGACAGCAGGUACGAGACACAGUACCCAACCUGCCUAUGCCUGGUAUGCAGAAGAAGAGGGUUCUCAAUGGAAUCAAUGGGAAUCGCCCGCAGUGGGCCGACAAAAGCAGAGACCCUCACGCAGCAAAAGCCUGCGUUCAAAGAAGGGAAAAGGGAAGGGAGCGGCUGGUGGGCAAGAACAGCAGCAAACUUCGCCGUUUGCGACCCCCAUGGCCAUCCCUCCAUGGCCUUCGCCAGACACUGGUUUUGCAGGAGGCCAGACGGCGAUCAGAGCUCAAGCCAGCACAGCCUCUUUGGGAAGCUCGGCCACGGGUCCCUUCCAAACACCUGCAAGCGACCUAUUGAUAGCUGUGAGAAAGCAGUUUCCGGACAUGACGCAAGCCCCGAUCGAGGUGAGAGAAGCAGUGGAAAAAGAGGAAGCUUCAAAUUCACAACGGAUUGGAGCAGACCUGCACCGCACAUCAUCGCAGAUCAACAAGGCCACCAAGCAAUUGAAUCAGCUGAGGGAAGCACGAAGCAGGCACAGGGAACAAUGGCUUCGUCACCUCAAAGAUUCCAUUACAGCUUGGGAAAGUCAGAUGAAAAGCUUUCAAGAACAGCAGAAACAAUAUAUAGAGCAAACCAACAAAGCAAAGGCGGAAUUGUCUGCAGCACGCAGGAAUUUGCAGACGCUCAACAAGCUCGCGGGAUUGCAGUCCAAUGCCAAAGCCGAAACUCCAGAGACCCAAGAGCUGGAGGAGGGAGUUGGCGAACUGGACGCCACGGAAGCGGCCCUGACCAGACAAGUUCAGGAUUGCUUGAAGCAAGCAGCAGCCAUAGUCAAUCCCAGCGAUGUGCAAGACAUUAUGGAUUCAGACGACGAGGGAGUGGAUGGAGCACCCAAGUCCAAAAGACAGCGAUCAUUGGAGCCAUUUGGGCAUCAAGCUAUGCCUGUAGUGCCCACAGUUGGAGCGACAGUUUCGGGCCUUCAGAUUGUAGAGUCUGCGGAUUUAACAGAGGUUUGUGCAACGUCUGCUUGCCACCUUACGUUUCGAUGGGAUGAACUGCAGCUUGACAAUCUGCCCACGCAUGAAAUGCAUGACGGUCAUGGAUUCCAGCUGAAUAUUGGACACCUCAUUCCACCAUCUGUCCGUGUCGCACAAGGUUCGUCGGAUCAUAUCAUGUUUAUGCAAGGCCAGGUUACCAGGUCCAAGAGACCAUUGACCUUGAAUGACCAAGAGGCCCCAGCGUGGUACCCCUAUGUCAAUGCUCAAGGAGGACACGCCGAAUUGCGUAAUCAAUUACUCCAGGAUGAUGAACCCAAUGAACACCAGGCAGAAGACAUUGGGGACGAAUCUCCCCGAAGUGAGGAUCCUUUUAUUCAUCCUCCUGAUGAUGAUGAUGCACGACAGGCAGUUAUCAUGUUUCAUCUGUUUGAUGACCCCAUCCAUGCUAUGCUUGAUUGGACCGACUGGCCACGUAUGAUUCGUGAAAUUGCAUAUCAUUAUGCUGUUGAUCGAGAACAGGUACUUGAAUGUCAUGAGUUAAAUGUCCGACUUCCUGACAUCCCUCAAGGUAUUGUUCCGAUUAUCGUCCAACAGGUCCAAGAUGUCCCAGUUGGCACGGCAUAUGUUUUGAUCUUGAUUGAUGUUGAGACACAUGGACAAUGGAUGGAAGCGCACUAUGGUACUGCACCCAUCGUAGAGAGGCGGGUUGUGGCAGUACCGGCUCUCCUAACUAGAACGGCCCUGCUCACACAAGCCAGAGUUUUUGAAUAUUGCAGGUUUGAAAAGGAAAGAUGUCUCAUUGAGUACAAUCAUCGGAAGUGGCACAAGCAAGAUCCGGCUCCCAAACGUGUUCUUUUUGGAGAUUAUGCCAAAAUCAUGCUUCCUCCUUCAUUGAAAUGUGAUGCCUCGACUGGAGAAAUGCUGGCCGAUAGCAGACAACUCACUGUUGAGGAUUUUUGGAGUAGGUAUUUCAUUCCUUCCAGCCCUGAUAGUAGUAGUAGCAGUGAGGUUGCUUCAGAUGUCUCGCCUAGCCUACUUGGUUCAGAUGCUAUCCGGGAGGAGUUUGGAGCACGCGAUGAUGAUUCUGCAGAUGAAUUGAGUGUCAUGCAGCUGUCUUUAUCUUCCAAUAGUGAUGCAGCUGCUGCUCAUUCAGAACAGUCGCCACCUCCUCCGGCAAAUGAUACUUGUAUGGUGAACCUCCUGAUUUCACCACCAGGGUCUAGGUUGCCACUUUGGUUCAGAUUUCUCUUGCACAACUUCAGGAACUCACAUUACAUUGAGGAUAUUGAGGAAGGGCCCAUCGCAUAUGUUCGCACCUGGUACCUGGAUUGUACUGCGGAGAUUGCCAGUGAAGACUCACGGGUUGUUCGACUCAGCGGGUUCCCCCCAGAUUGGAUUCACUCCAUCCAGAGGAGAUGGAGGGACAAAAUCAAUCCGAAUCUGCCAGUGCAUGCUGCAUGGGUUUACCCCACGCCACCAGCGAACCCGUAUGAGCACACUAUGGGUCAUAUGAUUCUCUUCCAGCAGCCGAAUGAGAUUUUCGUCCCUAUCCUCAUCAGCUUCCAAUUCACGGCAUUGCGUGACGGAACAAGCAAUGCGGCUGUUGUAGUCCAAAAGGAUGCCUCACCGGAUCAUGUCGUGGAAAUUGUUAAGCUUGAUCGUGUGUGCAGAGGACGUCGUUGUACGUUGCAUAGAGGAGCUCAUGGCGAAGCCGGAGCAUGGGGGCGAGACCUCCUUGUGGGAGAAGGCCUCAAACUUAUCAUCCCAGUACCGGAGUUGUCCUUUUGUAUUGAGGAUUAUUCCCCCUUCUUCCAAGACCUCUAUAGGAUCCAUGUUUUGGCAAUGCAACAAAUCCCUGAUGAUUGCAGAGGAGUCGUCAUCACCAGAUAUGACAAUGCGCUCUACCAAGUCAUGAUCCGCGAGCGCACUGCAGUGUUUGGUAUGGAGGUGAUGCUCAAUUCUUGCUUCAGAAAGCUGCAGUCACGACUUCUGCUGAUCCAGAUGUGCCGCUCAAUGCGGCAGCUCCUAUUUUCUGUCCUUAUGGAAACUUACGACUGGAUUUGCAGCAUGCUGCUGAAGCACUGCUUUGGUUUGAUCAACAUUUUGUACUCCCGUGCUUUGACAUCCAAACACAGCUUGCGGGCAAAGCCCAUUGGCACCCACUAUCCCUUGAGUGGAUUUAUGCUAGUGAAUGGUUUGCUUCUGAACAGCAGGUUGAUGAGAUACGAGUCUACUAUGAUGGCUCGUUUGUCAAAACCACUGGAGCCAUUGGAUAUGCAGCGGCAGCCUUUGUUCAUUGCUGCGGCCAAUGGCAUUUUGCUGGUGCAGUUUCAGGUAAUGAACUUGUGGAUGUCCUGGCAGGAUGCGCAGCGCAAGGCUCUCCUCUGCAAGACUGGCAACAUUUUACCAAAUUCACGCAACGAGCAGACUUUGUGCAAGUUGCUUGCAGUGAAAAUUCAACAUCCCGGGUUCCGACGUCUUGUCAUUGCAGCACAUGCCCCGCACACUGGAGCAGCCACUCAUGAGAUUGAGGAAUAUUGGAAGCAUGUGGAUUCUGCUCUCCCACAGACUUUGUCCGAUUGGAAUGCACUGCACGAACAUCAGAAACUCCGAGAUCACUCUUUGCAAGCAGCCUUCUUCGCUGCAUGGCGCUUUAGCAAGUGGAAUCAAGAUGCAAUUCCUCAUGUUGCUGGUUUUGAUGAAUUGAUCAGCCAACAAGAUUUUGCGAUUGCGACGGCGCUCUGUCAUUUCCGGCGAUUUGGUCGGGAUGUUACUAGAGCCAUCCGCAAUGAUGAUAAGAGGUUUUUUGCUCUUCUUGCGGCAGAUGCAUCAGAUUUCUUAGCACCCCACCAAGUGAAAGAUUUCUGGAAAGUUCUCCGUAGGCACUUGCCCAAAUUCCGCACUAGGAGACUAGGACAAGACCCCAACACGCUUGAUGCCCUUCGAGACCAGUGGGUCCCGUAUUUCAGUCAACUUGAGGUGGGUUCCACUAAGGCAGCUAGUGAAAUUGUCGAUCACUGCCAUUUGCGGCAAAUCCAGAUGCCAAUUGUGCAGCGUGACUUUCAGAUAAGUGACUUGCCAUCCCUCAUUGAACUGGAAGAUGCUAUUCGAAUUACUAGUCCUGACCGAUCGACUGGGUUUGACCCCCUGCCAUCAGGGCUUUUCCGUGCCAAUGUGGUUGAUCUUGCUAUGAUCUAUUUUCCACUCAUGCUGAAACAGUGCCUAUGGCAAAGCGAACCGCUUACCUCCAAGGGAGGUCAGAUGGCUGUGAUCCACAAAAGGGGAUCCACCUUUUUGGCUGAGAAUUAUCGUGGCAUCAUGUUAUUGCCGACCAUUGCCAAGCGAUUCCAUGUGUUUGGUCGCAUUAUGGAUGCCAAGGGUCUCUCAUCGGCGAUUGUCUUUGUGGAUCUCACUAAUGCAUUCCAUCGAUUGAUCAGAGAGCUGGUUUCAGGUGUCCAUUUGCCUCGAGAAGCAGAGGAGAUCUUACAAGCCUUGCAAGCUGAAGGGCUGCCUGCACAUGAAGUAGCCGAAUUGCUUGAGCUGCCUUGUUUGCUCCAACAGCUCAAUGCACCACCCUUUUUGAUACAGCUGCUGCAAGACUUGCAUACAGAUACUUGGUUGAAGGCACCAGGGGAUGAAAGAUUCCUGGUGACAAGGAGAGGCACUCGGCCAGGGUCACCGUUGGCAGACUGCAUUUUCCAUAUUCUCAUGGCAGACAUCACAAAGGACAUCAAUCUUUGGUUCACUGAACAAGAGGACUUCCAAAGUAUUUUGCAAGAAGCAGAUUUGGAUGUGGAAUGCAUCGUGUGGGCGGAUGAUUUGGCACUUCCGCUGGCAACAAGACAUGCUUCCCAAAUCCCUACCAUUAUUGAAGCCGCUCUUGCUCAUGUUCACAUGGUUUUCAGGCGUCGAGGUUUCUUGCUUAAAUUGAAUAAAGGUAAGACGAGUGUGGUCGCCACCUUUAAGGGUCCAGGGGCUGCUGACCUCAGACGCCAAUACCAACUGAACGACAGGCCUGGCAUGACCAUUGAGUUGGGAUCCAAUGAAGUUUUCAUCCAUUUUGUUGCGCACUACAAACAUUUAGGGACCAUGUUCAGCUCCUCACAUAGCUUGGAUCUUGAGAUUGCGACCAGAAUUGGGCUUGCUCGCAGUGCUUUUGCCCAAAUUGCAGCUCCGAUCCUUUGUAACAGACAUCUACCAGUCAAGACGCGUUUGCAACUCUUUCGAUCCUUGGUAGAAUCCAAACUGUAUUUUGGCUUGGGAGCGUGGGCACCUCUCACUGUUCGACAGAAUGCUAAACUACAAGCGGCCCUCCUAUUCAUGUUGAAGAGGGUUCUGAGGCUUAGUAGAGAGGAACAUGAGACCCUGACAGCUGCAGACGUUUUCCAUCGGGCUGGACACUGCUGCCCGAGAGCCAGGGUGGCAUUGGAUAGAUUGCUGUAUGCUCAGAAGGUUUGGGAACAUGGACCGCCCCUUCUACAGCACUUUUUGCAUAAGGAGGAGGAGCUUAGAGCUGAUUCCUGGAUGGGAGGUUUGAAAAGUGACUUGACCUGGUUGCACGCCCUUGAGCCUACCACUGCCCCAGAUCUGAGUGACCUGUCGGAUUUGACCGCAGUGUUUGAUUUCUGGCAGGCUGGGAAUAGGUCCUGGCGAUUAAGGGUCAAAAGAGCAUGGAAAAGAUUUCGUUUCCAGGAGGGUAUGACCAAUAGUCUCUUUGGCCUUCACAAGACCUUUUUCAAGAUCCUCAUGCAUCAUGGUGCUUCUUUCAACCCAUCACCAUUCACCUCAUUGGAGCAACCGCUGAAGGAGUUUGCAUGCUCAUGUGGCAAGGUUUUCACGUCGCAGCAGGGUUUGUCAUGUCACCGCCGGCUGAUCCAUAAUGAAUUUGCCCCGGAACAUGCCUUCCUUGCAGGCCUUCCAGAUGGGCAAGAGUUCCAGAAGAAACCUGUGGAAGUCCAAGGCCUGGCGCGAGUUGAGACCAUCCAGGCUCAAGGACCCCUGAUGCAUAUGGAAGAUCGAAGGAGGGUUCAGAUCUCCCAGCUUCAACAUGAACUUGAGCGUGUGCAAACCGACCUUCUGGUUACAGAGCUGCCGCCAGAGGUUAAUACAGCAUCCAAAGAACUGAGGAAGGCCCUCAGCCAGACUACGAAGGAUUGGUUCCAGCUUUUCUGUGACGAGGGCUAUGAUGAGAGACUGGCCGAAUCCUUGCCUGAUCGAUGGAUAUUGCUGCUUGGGGAUCCUGAAGGACAUUAUGAUGCAUGGUUUGAGGCUGAGUUUAUGCAGUGGGGACAAGAUGACUUGCCUGAUGUCAUUGCGGACUUUUUGGAUGGACGUGCCGAAAGUCUAGUUGACGAUGCCUUUUGCGAGCUUGUCGCUUUGUUCCCCAGAUUUGAUCUGAUGCAAAAAAGAACCCUUUUGCUUGCCAAGCUGAAUUGUCUGGAAAACGAAAUUGCUGGACACUUCCCACAUAGGUCCAUUCGCAGAGGUACGGCCAACAUUUUUGAACGAGCCACUACUGCGGCACAUGUUCCUGCACGGUUUGAAGAGCAGCAGAUUUUUUUCAGACAGCUCCGUGAAGUUGCAUGGUUUGAUUUGCCCAAUGAGCAGAAAAUCCCCAUUUGGGCACAGCCGAGCUCCACACCUAUAUUUUUGAUUGCCCAUCUCUUUAGUGGCAGACGGAGGACCGAAGAUGUUCAUGCGAAUCUCAUUCGCUGGGCAGCCAAGGCCAAUAUUCAAGUUCUAGUGCUUUCACUGGACACUGCCAAUUCUGAGACGUUUGGUAACCUACAUAUCAUGUCUACCACUUGGUCACAGCUGCUUUUGCUUUACAAAGAGGGGCGCAUCGCAGCAACCAUCGCGGGUGCCCCCUGUGAAACAUGGUCAGCAGCACGACAUAGGCCCCUGGAUCCUGUGCAGGCGGACCAGGCUGAAGGGCCUAUAGGACCAAGACCUCUACGAAGUGCAGAGAGAAUUUUCGGCUUGGCAGGUCUUACUCUGCGUGAGCUUAGACAACUCAGCCAAGGAACGCAUUUCUAUUUGCAAACCACCAUUACUAUUGCCUGGACGAUUUGUACGGGAGGUCUCUACAUCAGUGAACACCCUGCUCCUCCUGAAGAUGGGCAGAUCGCAAGUGUCUGGACUGCGCCCUGGACGAUGCUACUCCGACAACACCCGGAGGUCGAACUGCACAUCAUGAGCCAAUGGAAGUGGGGCUGUGAAACCGUCAAACCCACUGGACUCUUAGCAGUGCGUUUACCACGGUUUGCUCGCUCGAUGUAUAGUAGACAGAUUCCAGAUGCAAUUCGUCCAACGAAAGUUGCAAUAGGGCGUGGGGAAGAUGGCCAAUUCAAAACCAGCGCCUUGAAGGAAUACCCUUCACAAUUUUGUGCGGCCCUCGCUGGAGCGUUGAUUGAUGAAUUGCACAGUAGGCAUCGUAGUGGUAGAUGCAGAGAGACAGUUCCACCAACGCCUGAACUUGUACAAUGGGUCACUGAAGCGGAAGCCUUUUGUGGCCAAAUCAGAGUUGACUCAAAGUGGUUACCUGAUUAUCAGGGCGGUUGA